GAGAAAGUGAGGAUACUGGUAUCUUCUUAUACAUGUAAUGUUCGUAUGGAUGGAGGAAGUGAGUGAAUAUUUGCCUGGAUUGUUCAAACUUCGAGAUGGUUGAAGAGAAAAUGGGUGGAUGCUGGAGUCAAACAAAGGAUCAGUUUGAUAACUUGGAAAAGCACACACAGUGGGGAAUCGACUUUGUAGAAAAAUACACCAAAUUUGUAAAGGAGAGAUCAGAGAUCGAGCUUAACUAUGCAAGACAGAUCAGGAAUCUGUCGAAGAAAUACCAGCCUAAGAAAAAAGAGGAGGAUGAGAAUAAGUACACAUGGUGUCGUGCAUUUCAUUCUACGCUAAACGAGCUAAAUGAUUACGCCGGCCAGCAUGAGGUCAUUGCAGAGAACAUGACAUCACAGAUUAUUGCCGAACUCUCGCGAUACACACAGGAACUCAAAACAGAGAGGAAAACGCAUUUCCAUGAUGGACGAAAGGCACAGCAACAAGUCGAAGCUAGCUGGAAACAGCUGGAAUCGUGUAAGAGGAAGUUUGAGCGGGAUUGUAAGGAGGCAGACAGAGCACAGCAGUAUUUUGAAAAGUUGGACGCAGACAUCAACGUGACAAAAGCAGACGUGGAGAAGGCGCGACAGCAGGCUCAGAUGAGACACCAAAUGGCUUCUGACAGCAAGAGUGAAUAUUCUUCAUACCUGCAGAGAUUCAACCAAGAACAGAAUGAACAUUAUUACACCGUCAUCCCCAAUAUAUUCCAGAAGAUCCAGGUGAUGGAGGAGACGAGGAUAGAUCGAGUGGGUGAGUCACUGAAAACGUUUGCCGAAGUGGACCGACAGAUUCUACCCAUCAUCGGGAAAUGCCUGGAUGGAAUGACACAGGCAGCGGGGUCCAUUGAAUCCAAGACCGACACGUCUCAGGUGAUAGAGUCGUAUAAGUCUGGCUUUGAGCCUCCAGGCGAUGUGGAGUUUGAAGACUAUGGUCAGGCGAUGAAGAGGACGGUGUCUGAGACCAGCCUUAAUAACUCGCGCCCGGACAUCAAGAGCGAACGAUCGAGCAAGAGCAAGAGCAAAACACUCUGGCCUUUCAUUAAGAAAAACAAGCUUAUGUCCCUUUUAACAUCCCCCUUACCAUGCCAGCCCCCUCCUGACCCCCCCUCACCUUCUGCUGUGACCCCUGACCCCUGCCCCACUCCUCAGACCCCCAAACAGUCAAAGGAGCCCCUGUCCCACCGAUUCAACGACCUCAUGACCUCCAAGCCCAAAAUGCACUGCCUCAGGAGCCUCCGGCGCGGGCUCUCACUCAAUGCCCACGUGCGGAACCUUAUCGAGGGUUCAAAUCCUGAAGACUUCAGUAAUCUUCCUCCAGAACAGAGACGGAAGAAGCUUCAGGCGAAGAUAGACGACAUCAAUAAAGACAUACAGAAAGAGAUGGACCAGAGAGACGCUUUGACUAAAAUGAAGGAGGUGUACGUGAAGAACCCACAGAUGGGGGAUCCCACCAGCGUGGACCCUCGGUUAGCAGAGAUCGCCCAAAACAUAGAGAAACUGCAGGCAGAGACACAGAAAUUUGAGGGCUGGUUAGCGGAGGUGGAAGGAAGGAUGCCAGUAAAAAGUGACUUGCAGCAGAGGACAAGCGUUUUAUAUGAGACUCAAAACAGCACGCCACCCACUAACAACAACUGCGCACAGGAUAGAGAGAGCAGUCCGGAUGGCAGUUAUACAGAUGAGCAGAGUUCUGAGGUCCAGACUAAAGCCCAACCGGAAGCGGAGUUUGAUGAAUUUGACGAUGCGGAUGAAGAAAUUCUAUCGACCAUCGGCACCUGCAAAGCCCUCUACUCAUUUGAAGGUCAUAAUGAAGGCACUAUCGCAGUGACGGAGGGUGAGCUCUUGUAUGUUAUAGAGGAAGACAAAGGUGACGGAUGGACGCGUGUUCGGAGAAAUGAGGAAGAGGAGGGUUACGUUCCCACAUCCUACGUCGAAGUCUUUCUAGACUCAAACGCCAAAGAUUCGUAAGGUAUGGAAGGAGGACUCAAUGAUGCAGGGCAAACAGCAGCCACAUGUGGGAAAAACUACCGCCUCCACUCCCUGACCCGCCCUAGAGAGAGACAGAUGAGAGACAGACAUAUAAAGAGAGCAAACUAAAGACAGGAACAGUGAAAGGAGAGAGAGAGAGAGAAAGAGGUUACAUGGACCUCUUUGCCUUUAUAAUUCUCCUGCUGUAGAGAGGAACUUUAAAAGCAAAAAUCUGAAAAAUUUGAAAUAUUAUGACCUUAGAUUUAUUACCUGUCUGUUAUUUUAUGAGCUCAGUAUGAUCUGCAUAUAUCAUUUUUUUAUUUGAUUUUUUUGCUUUGAGGCUCUCAAUGGCUGCUGAGCUUGCAGAGUUUACGGCGAUAUUUUAGGCCUGUUUGAAUGAGUGUAUGUGUGUGUUUGUGUCUUUAGCUGCUUGCACCAGUCUUGUUUCCUAUUCCCCACCCUAUGCCAAACUAAAAUACCCUUAAAAUCCAAGGGAUGUGGUCUGUAAAAGAGCUGAGUUUACGGAUACUAGGACAUUUCAGACACAGAAUGUCAUUUCAGAUCUCAUAUACACUUUUGCUGCAUUCCAUCCAAAGUUAGAUGUGGAAUAUUCCGACUUGACAUCCCGACUUCCGAUCAUAAAGUAUUUUGUUGGCUGCCGCUCGGAAGAUAACUUACAAAUAAAAAAUUAUGUUGGCAUUGGUUCACAGGUGUACGAUCAUCAGCAGAGAGGAUCAUUUAUCGUGUUUUACAUACACAUUUGCAAAACGUUUGUAUAUCAUGUAACUUGGUGUGUUUAAUUUGUUUAAAAGUGAUCGUUUUAAUCGUUAAAUCGUUAAACAUUAAUUGUUUGACUCACUUUGCGGGCUGGCAUGUAUGAAUUAUGAGUUGGUCCAGAGUUUCCGAGUUAGAUAUUGUACCUCAAGUGCCGUUCAACUGCAUGUUUCAAAGUAACAAUUUGGAAAUUCCAAUGCAAGUGAAUUUGGUCCAGAACUUUGAAGCUCCAAAAAGCAUAAAAAGGCAGCAUAAAAGUAAUUCAUAAGACUCCAGUGGUCUUCUGAAGCGAUCUAAUCUGUUUUAGGUGAGAACAGACCAAAAUGUAACUCCUAUUUCACUAUACACCGUGCCAUUGCAGUCUCUAGGCACGGUCAUGAUUUCAAGCUCUAUUGGCGCUAGGACGUGUAAUUGAACUUGAAAUCAUGAUUGUCAAGGAGACUGCAGAUGUCAAGACUUAUUGUGUGAAAAAUGUGUGAUAUUUUGGUCUGUUCUCACCCAAAACUGAUUAGGUCACUUUAGAAGACAUGGACUUGAAACGUAAUUUUAUGCUGCCUUUCUGUGCUUUUUAGAGCUUCAAAGUUUUGGUCAUUAUUCACUUGCAUUUUAUGGACUGUUUUAAAAAUCUCAGGUUGUUUUCAGCAGAAGAGGGUGAGUAAAUGAUGUGUGAAUUAACAAUUUUGGAUGGCCUUUCCCUUUAAGACACACUAGGCUUUGAGUGGGCAAAAUUAUGACACUGAAUCCAGGAUAUGAUGUAACGCUCCAUGGCGUCUGGUUUUAAUAACUAUGCAAACCACCACUAAUUGCAUAUAAUGUUAUAUUCAUAAUGUCAAAAUAAAAACAUGCAGCUUUGAAAUAUGUAUUGUAUCUUUGUCCUUUCAGUCAUCUAUUGGUCUUCUAGUCAUCAGAAUUCAUAGGUGACAGUUCACCAAGCUUGAACGUUUGAACUGAGAGCAGAGUGUAGCGUGGCGGUGGAUUUAGCGAGUUGGAACGCUUUCAAAUUCUUUGAUGCCACUUGUUUUGGAAUUCCGUACAAAUGGCUCCUCUAUCAGGCCACACCCCUUUUGACCCUUUGACUCCACCUUCUGAAGAUAACACCUACGAGCCAUUGGUUGCUCAUAUGGCUGUGUCACAAAUCAGGGGUGGGGCUUCACGGGCUAAUAGCAUGUCUGCUCGCCCUGACAUCUCAUCUGCCUCCGCCCUUCCAGUGCAAUCACUAAAACCUUCAUCUGUUAACUGUAUGUUUGUUUGCCAUCUAAUCUAACAAAUUUUUUUCCUUACAUGUCAUUUUUGGUGCCGUUUUGUCCCCUCACAUUCAUCCAAACACUUCCUGCUUUUCCUUAACCGUCCAAUAGUUGCUCGACACAUUCAAGCAAGCGCUGUUCAUUUUUUGUUACGCGGGGUACGGGCUAUUUCUGCGAACACAUGAUAUAUACAUACAUGAAUAUGAUAAUGUCCUGUUAAUAUGAGUAUGUAUUUAUUGUGACAGUUGUUUUGUUAAUGUUUCUAUGGUUUUACCCUGUGGAGUUCCCAGACAAGUUUCAGUAACCUUGAGAACAAGGGUCCAUGUGAAGUGUCGGGUUACAUCUUAUGGUUUCAAUGUACUCUGAGCCAAAUGUACAGGUUAUAUAGACAUUUAACAUGCAUCAUGUUAACUUGAACUAGACUCCAUGCUUUAGGCUUUUGAUUAAUCUGAUUCUUUUUCCCCGUUUUAUUUGAAUUACUGUGAUUUACUGGAGAGAAGUCUGUUUGUAUUUGAGCUUUUUCUGUAAUGUCUGUCGUGAAGAGAUUAUAUUUGUAAUUUCAUCAUCUUCCACGACUACUCGCGACUCCUUAAGGCACAUAAAUAAUUGUAACUUUUCUUUUUAGAUUUUGCAAUUCUCUGACACGCUCAUUUUGGGUCCAGGAGAGGUUUUUGGAUAUUGUAUUUUAUUUGAACUGAAUCUAGGUAGGUUUGAAGCCCAGAGCAUGCUCACAAAUCACAGUAAGCAUCAUCAAUAUAACAAUGUAUUUUUUUUUCACAUCACAAAACUGCUAUUUGAUGCUGAAAGCUUUUAUUACAGUAUGUUACAAAGCGCUUAUUGAUGAGUUAUAAUAUUUUAGGUUGAAUGAAUUGAGCAGACUAAUAACUGACUAGUUGUUGAUGAAUCUGUAAAUAUAAAAAUGUGUAAUAAAUCAGAGGAUGUUUUGAAAAGCAGAGAACAUCUCGCCAUCUUCAAGAGGAAAACAUCAUUAUGUCUGUCUUCCGUCCUUCUGUGUGAACACACAAGUGCUAUGUCUCUAUUUGAGAACAAAACGAUUUAUAACAUUUCAACAUUUUGAGCUUUGUUGUACGCUGCCGCUAUCACCUUAUGGCAUUCACAGACACACACACAGCUGUCUCUGUAACAUAAGAGAGCUGAUAUGUUGCCUAUGAGUGACAAGAAUCAAUUGUCCUCGGCCCCUAUAACUGCUCUAACACCAUUCCCAAAUCAGAGAACUAUAAAUAUAAUUCUACACAUGCAUAGCUAUACGUACUAUAAGUCUAUAAAUAAGAGUGAACUACCAAAACAUUGUUAGAGUCUAUUUUUAAAUUUCGAUUAAUAAAAAUGUCCUGGUUUCUUUUCUCUGCUUUGCUUAGUGAAUUAAAUUUUUUUUUGUCACAUUUGGUGGGUCUGCCAAAUGUUUGUUUUGCACUUUUGUUUGUGUUCCGUUUGUUAUGCUUGUGUUUUGGUGCACUGAAUACUUUGUAUGUGUUAACUGUGCCAAUUAAAAAUAGAGGGGAAAAUUAAAUCAUUUUUGUCUGAA